GAAAAGCCACUCUCCCACCGAGCAGCUGCCCAGCUCCCACCCGGUUUUUCUCUGGGGCAGCAGCUACGGCCACAGAGAGCAAGCCGGUGAGUCUCUCCAAGCAGGUCGGCCGGACUGCUGUGAACCAGGGCUUGGUACACGCUCCCCAAACCUGGAGGACUGGUGCUGAUUUCAAAGUUUCCAGGUGGAGGAAGAGAAAGUGGAUCUGCAGAGAGUAAGGGGAGAGGGAGAAACCCCUCUCCCCCACUGCCUACGGGGGCGCCAUGGGUAACAUCUGCCUGAGGCUCCGGACGUACCUGGAGCCCUGUCUCCCCUGCUUGUCUCGGGAGGCAGACAAGUCGGUGGUGAUUCAGAACCCAUGGACUGUCUGCCCCCCCGAUCCUCCCCGGCCGCCGUGUCCGGAGCCCGAGAGAAGCCAGGGCCAGUACUUUGUGGCUCUGUUUGAUUACCAGGCUCGGACCGCAGAGGACCUGAGCUUCCACGCGGGCGACAAGCUCCAAGUCUUGGACACGUCCCACGAGGGUUGGUGGCUCGCCAGGCACUUGGAGAAAAGGGCAGACUGCUCCGGCCAGCAGCUGCAGGGCUAUAUUCCUAAUAACUAUGUGGCUGAGGACAGGAGCCUCCAGGCAGAGCCGUGGUUCUUUGGAGCAAUCAAGAGGGCAGAUGCUGAAAAACAACUAUUAUAUUCAGAAAAUCAGACAGGUGCUUUUCUAAUCAGAGAAAGUGAAAGUCAGAAAGGCGACUUCUCCCUUUCAGUUUUAGACGAAGGGGUUGUGAAACACUACAGAAUCAGAAGACUAGAUGCAGGGGACUUUUUCCUCACCCGGAGAAGAACCUUUUCAACACUGAGUGAAUUCGUGAGUCACUACACCAAGACAAGCGAUGGCCUGUGUGUCAAGCUGGGAAAACCAUGCUUAAAGAUACAAGUCCCAGCUCCCUUUGAUUUGUCAUAUAAAACCGUGGACCAGUGGGAGAUCGACCGCAGCUCCAUACAGCUUCUGAAGAGAUUAGGAUCUGGUCAGUUCGGCGAAGUGUGGGAGGGCCUAUGGAACAAUACCACUCCGGUAGCAGUAAAAACAUUAAAACCAGGUUCAAUGGAUCCAAAUGACUUCCUGAGGGAGGCACAGAUAAUGAAGAACCUAAGACAUCCAAAGCUUAUCCAGCUUUAUGCUGUUUGCACUUUAGAAGAUCCUAUUUAUAUUAUUACAGAGUUGAUGAGACAUGGAAGUCUGCAAGAAUAUCUCCAAAAUGAUGCUGGAUCAAAAAUCCAUCUGACGCAACAGGUAGACAUGGCAGCCCAGGUUGCUUCUGGAAUGGCCUAUCUGGAGUCCCAGAACUACAUCCAUAGAGAUCUGGCUGCCAGAAAUGUCCUUGUUGGUGAACAUAGUAUCUACAAAGUGGCAGAUUUUGGACUUGCAAGAGUUUUUAAGGUAGAUAAUGAAGACAUCUAUGAAUCUAAACACGAAAUAAAGCUGCCGGUGAAGUGGACUGCGCCUGAAGCCAUUCGUACUAAUAAAUUCAGCAUUAAGUCUGAUGUGUGGUCAUUUGGAAUCCUUCUUUAUGAAAUCAUUACUUAUGGCAAAAUGCCUUAUAGUGGUUUGACAGGUGCUCAGGUAAUCCAGAUGUUGGGUCAAAACUAUAGACUCCCUCAACCAUCUAACUGUCCAUUGCAAUUCUACAACAUCAUGUCGGAGUGCUGGAAUGCAGAGCCUAAGGACCGGCCAACAUUUGAGACACUGCAUUGGAAAUUUGAAGAUUAUUUUGAAACAGGGUCUUCAUAUUCAGAUACAAAUAACUUUGCAUGAUGAACACUGAAGAACAUCAAAUAAUGAAGUAGCA